ACCGACCGUGAACGUAUUCGUUGAAAUGCCUAAAAUAAAAUUAAAUUUAAAAAGUCUAAUUUUGAAUUGGAUCGCUCCUUAUAAUGAAAAUAAAGAAGUAUUUUCAUCAGAUAGAAAGAUUAUAUAUUGUCUCGUAUGUGAAAAGUCUGUGUCUACUGAAAAAAAAAUAUCUAUUAGAUCAUCAUUCCAAAACAAUGGCCGUGCCAAGGCGAUUCGCCUUCAUUGUAUUCUGACUAACAGUUGAAAAGUAAACUGGGUUAGAUAAGUUGGAAUUUAUGUGCAAAUAAUAUGUUAGAGAUGAAGUGUUUGUUAAUAAUUACUCUUGUGGUUUUUGUAACUGUUGUUAUUUCAGAUACAGGUAAACCUUUGUUUUUACCACAACUGCCAGUUGGCAAGUACCGAAUAAAAUUCUUAGCAAUGAUGCGUUGCACUUCCGUCCCGUCUAAUAAUAUAAAUCAAUUUAAUUUUUACCUAAGUAAAAAGACUACCAAUACUUCAGAAAUUAAAGGUAACAUAACACACCUCGAACAAUUUGAUGAUUCACUUGAUUUAGAAUUUGAUUUUGCGGUAAAAGAUUCUAUUGGUGGUUGGAAGGAGAAUGCUUAUUUUUAUAAGACGCCCAAAGCAUGCUCAGCACUCAAAAUGUUCUUUGGACGUGCUUGGACUCCAAUCAUGGAUGGUCUAGGAAUCUACAAUGCCACUUGUCCUAUUCCCGUGGGUUUUUAUAAAGGGCCUGGCAUAAAUACUGCUGUUUUCGAGUUAACCAAUUUUCCAAAGACAUUUUUUUAUGGAACAUACAGAUUUAGUGCUCAUUUUACCAAACAAAAAAUUGUCUAUGGAUGUUUUAUGGCAAUUGUAGAGGUGAAGCGGCCUUGGGAAACUGACUAAACAUUAAAUUACAAUAAACCUAUCUUAAUAUUAUUCAUUUUCACGUACAGAUGAAUAUUGCACAUUUAGCUAUUGUUGUCAUUCAAUUUAUUUGUGUGUUAUUACUUAGAUUUUUGUAAUAGGUAAACGGGAUAAAUAAAGUUGUGUGCAGUAUAUAA